AUGGCUCCUGUUUCUGCGCACAAUACAUUUGACUAUCUCGUGAUUGGAGGUGGCUCUGGAGGAGUUGCUUCAGCCCGUAGAGCUGCCAAAUAUGGAGCUCGAGUAUUGUUGAUCGAAGGUAAAUACCACAAGAUGGGUGGUACCUGUGUCAAUGUCGGCUGUGUUCCCAAGAAGCUUAUGUGGCACGCUGCUGACUUGGCUCACAAGAAACACCAUAUGAAAUCGUACGGAUUGGCUUCAUCCGAGGAAGAAAUCAAGUACGGGGAUUUCAACUGGGGUUUGAUGAAAGAGAAGAGAGACGCUUACGUCAGAAAGUUGAAUGGAAUCUAUGAGAACAACUUGAACAGAGAAGGCGUCAACUAUCUCUUUGGUUACGCCAAGUUCAUCAAUUCCGAGGGCGAUGUAGAAGUCACGUUAUCUGGAGACCAGGAGAUCAAGUUCUUGGAAGAGGGCAAGACAUUCAAGAAGGAUGAGAAGCUUGUAUUUGCUGGUAAGAAAGUGUUGAUCGCCACCGGAGGUGCACCUAUUGUUCCUCCAAAGGUACCUGGUGCUGAAUUGGGUAUCACUUCAGAUGGGUUCUUUGAAUUAGAGAAGCAACCUAAAUCUGUGGCUGUAGUUGGAGCUGGUUAUAUUGGAGUUGAGUUCUCUGGUGUUUUCAACGGCUUGGGUUCAGAAACCCACUUCAUUAUCAGAGGUGACACCGUAUUGAGGUCGUUUGAUGACAUCAUCCAGACUACAAUCACCGACUACUACACAGAUAAGUUGGGCAUCAACAUAUACAAACAGUCCGGUGGUGUCACUAAGGUUGAAAAGACGGCAGACGGCAAGAAGAAGGUGUUUUUGGGUAACGGUAAGACUUUAGAAGUAGAUGAGUUGGUCUGGACCGUAGGCAGAAAAUCGUUGAUUGAUCUCAGCUUAGAUAAGGUCGGCGUAAAACUCAACGAUAAGUUGCAAGUUUCAACAGAUGAGUUCCAGAGAACAGCCAAUCCCAAGAUAUUCUCGCUUGGAGACGUAGUAGGCAAAGUGGAAUUGACUCCGGUUGCCAUUGCUGCUGGUCGUAGGUUGUCCAACAGAUUGUUUGGACCAGAGAUCUUCGCCGAGGACAAGUUGGACUACAAUAAUGUUCCAUCGGUGAUCUUCUCACAUCCUGAAGCUGGUUCCAUUGGUUUAUCCACCAAGGAAGCUAUUGCCAAAUACGGCGAAGAAAAUAUCAAGGUGUACAACUCCAAAUUCACCCAGAUGUACUACGGGUUGGUAGACCACGACGAAUUCAAGUCGCCUACAGCUUAUAGAAUCGUCUGUUUGCUUCCUGAAGAAAAGGUCGUAGGUCUUCACAUUGUGGGAGACUCUUCUGCCGAAAUCUUACAAGGCUUUGGAGUCGCCGUGAAGAUGGGAGCUACCAAGAAGGACUUCGAUAACUGUGUGGCCAUCCAUCCUACGGCUGCUGAAGAGUUGGUCACCAUGGUCUAA